AUGUAUAAUUGGUACAGGCAAGCAAAGGUCUGCUAUGUUGCCCUGGAAGAUCUCCCUGCCCAUGUGGGACUGGAGGAUCAAAUUGCCAAAUGCCGUUGGUUCACUAGAGGUUGGACAUUACAGGAACUACUUGCUCCAUCGAACGUAGAAUUUUACGAUCAAGAUUGGACGUUCAGGGGGAGAAGGAAGGACCACACCGACACUAUAUCCAAGUUCACCUCAAUUCCUACUAAGGUCUUACUCAAGCCAAAAGCGAUAUACAAGGAGUCUGUUGGUGCACGGAUGUCCUGGGCUUCCAAGCGAGUCACCAAACGUACUGAAGAUAUGGCGUACUGUCUUCUUGGUAUCUUCGAGAUCAAUAUGCCAUUAAUAUAUGGAGAGGGCAAAAGAGCGUUCCUACGUCUUCAAGAAGAAAUUAUCAAGCGCAGUAACGAUCUCACUAUACUAGGAUGGGACAAUGUUGUUAUGCCGCGCACCAAAAAGUGGGACAGUCUUGUUGAAGUCUUUGCUACUUCUCCAGCUGCCUUCGCACGCAGUGCUGAUCUCCAAAAGACCUCUUCAGGGUUAGGACCUGAGUUCUCCAUCACAAAUCGAGGUCUUCUGCUCACUGGGGACUUCAAAUUAUUCUAUCGAUCAUCGCGCCAGGAGCCGGAAAUGUCGACUUACGUCCUUCAAAUUGCGACUACGGACGACUCCGCGACUCGUGAGAUUGGCCUUCGAAAGCUAGCACCGCGUCUGUAUGGUCGUUUACGAAGGCUCCCUCGGUUGGAGGAUCACAAUGCGUCCUCUAGCUCUGACGAUAGUGACUACAUAACCGAGACACGAACAUAUGAAGAUACGAUCUAUAUAAGAACUGACUUCCAUCAUACCGAUGAUUUCACUCACCUUGCUGCUUCCCGGAAGAAUGCUUUGCAUAUUCCCAAGCAAAAAUAUCUCGAGAUCCUUCGAGUAACUCCGCAAUGGUUGUGGGAUCACUCGGACGCCGUGUUCCUACAGACGAGACUAGACGCUCUCGGUCAUCCAUACUACUCCUCCGUAGUAGCUGUUCAGUUCGAGCUCCGGCUUGGAAGUCGCAGUAACAAUAUAUUUGUGGUCUACAAAAGCGGGGUCGCGCAACCAGUUCUCCAUGUUUUCAGCUCUCUCCUGAUGGUGGAAUAUACGCUAAUCAGGAUGAAACUUUUUCCAAAUGCUUUGGGUAGCGUCGGCAAUAUAGACCCUAAGAAGGACAUGUCGUGGGAGGAUAUGAAAAGAGAAAUACCGUGGGUCUUGGAGAAGGGCGACACGACCGAAGUAUCUGAUGAGGAAUUCAGAUACAACAUCAAGUUCUUUUUGAAGUCUGACCAUCUCGGCCCCCACAAGAUUCGAGUCAUAAGCCUCAAGGCGUCUAUCACUAAGGGUGAACCUCUUGGUUUAUAG